AUGAUUUCUAGUGCAUCAUCAAGCAGCAACAUGGAACAAGAAAGUAUUUCCUUUAAAGUGAUCUUGGAUGGAUUAAUUCUAAUCACUUCGUACAGAGAAGAUUACGAUUUUCAGCAAGAGUUAAUUGAUUAUUGUAUAAGAGCAUUAAAGGGAGAGGAGAACUCGAUUAACGGUGUAGAAGAGUUGCCUUCACUUGAAACUCCAUUCUUCAAAUGCUUUUUGGAUAUUCCUUUUGAAAGUUUUAGAGAAGAUUUAAUCGACAAGUGGUGUCACACUCCUCUGGCUGCUGCCAAAGACGCAUCUCCAAUUUUAAAACAAUGCGAAGACAAAUUUAAAAUUGUUCAAUUAUGCUACUAUACGACUAAGGGAAAACUAGGAUGGCACAGAGACAGAAUUUCUGGAUUGACAGAGGAAGAACAAGCGCAAUUAACAAGUCCAGUUGUCUCCAUAUCGCUAGGAAAUGAUUGCAUUUUCAGCUACAAAGUGAAUGGGUACAAGGAUGUCGAGCAUGACUUGCAUUUAAAAUCAGGAGAUAUUUUAAUAUUUAGUGGGCCACAACGAAUGAUGUGGCAUACAGUAAAAAAGGUGUUUUGCAACGAUACAAGACCUAAGACGUUAAAUAUGAGAGGUUUGGAAGGUAGGAUCAAUGUGACCUUUAGAGAAGGAACAUACUAUCCAGACAAUAGCUCUCCUAACGUCAGCAAUACUUUGCAAUAA